GAGGUGGAGGGAGCGGCGAGUCCGGUCCGGGUUUUGCCGGCAGCCCCCGGGCAGCGUUCAGAGCUCCUGCCCGGGCGGGCGCGCGGCGGCGGCGGCGGCAGAGGCGGCGGAGCCGGAGCGGGGAUGUAGAGGCGGCGGCACUGGCGGCAGCAGAGGCGGCGGCGGCGGCGAGAGCAGGCGGCCGAGCCGAGCCGGGAAGAGCGGCCGAACCUGGUGCCCCCACCCCCCCCAGCCCCCGCGUCCCAGCCCUGCCCAGCCCCGCGCCCAGCCAUGCGCGCUGCCUGCUGAGUCUGGGCGCCUCACGCUGCGCCCCUCCGCCCGCCGCGCCGCGCUUCGCUCGGGGGUGAUUAGUUGCUUUUUGUUGUUUUUUAAUUUGGGCCGCGGGGAGGGGGAGGAGGGGCAGGUGCCGCGGGCUCCCCCCCCUCCCCGCCUCGGGCCAGCCGCGGCGGCGUGACUCCGGCUCCGGACGCGGGCACCGCGGGCGGCGGGGCUGGAGCGCAGCGCGCGGCGGCGGCGGUGCCCGGAGCGGAGCGCAGCUCCCCGCCCCGCCCCUCCCCCUCGGCCUCGCGGCGGCGGCGGCGGCGGCGGCUCGGACGACUCCGCGAGCCGAGUGAAGACACUUCCGGUGGCCGCCUGACCAUGCGUGUGCCCUGAGCAGCGAGGCCAGCAGCAUCUCGGUUGUGGGCAGCAGGGCCCAGCGCACGUCUGUGGACCCCUCACGGUUGGCAGGUGCCCCCAGCAGCGGGCUCUGGGCCUCGGCCCCACCAUGUCGAGCCUCGGCAGUGGCACCCAGGACACUGGCAGCAGCAGCAGCAGCAGCAGCAAUGCCAACGGCAGUGGCGGCCCGAAGGCGGGCGUGGCAGACAAGAGCGCGGCGGCGGCCACUGCCACCCCAGCCUCGGUGGCCGAUGACGCGCCGCCCCCUGAGCGUCGGAACAAGAGCGGCAUCAUCAGUGAACCCCUGAACAAAAGCCUGCGCCGCUCCCGCCCCCUCUCCCACUACUCUUCCUUCGGGGGCAGCGGGGGCAGUGGGGGGGGCAGCAUGAUGGGCGGGGAGUCCGCCGAGAAGGCCGCGGCAGCAGCGGCCGCAGCCUCCCUGCUCGCCAACGGGCACGACCUGGCAGCGGCCAUGGCGGUGGACAAGAGCAACCCUACCUCAAAGCACAAAAGCGGUGCUGUGGCCAGCCUGCUGAGCAAGGCCGAGCGGGCCACGGAGCUGGCAGCCGAGGGACAGCUGACGCUGCAGCAGUUCGCGCAGUCCACGGAGAUGCUGAAGCGCGUGGUGCAGGAGCACCUCCCGCUCAUGAGCGAGGCGGCCGCCGGCCUGCCCGACAUGGAGGCCGUGGCGGGCUCCGAAGCCCUCAACGGCCAGUCCGACUUCCCCUACCUGGGCGCCUUCCCCAUCAACCCGGGCCUCUUCAUCAUGACCCCGGCGGGCGUGUUCCUGGCCGAGAGCGCGCUGCACAUGGCCGGCCUGGCCGAGUACCCCAUGCAGGGCGAGCUGGCCUCGGCCAUCAGCUCGGGCAAGAAGAAGCGGAAACGCUGCGGCAUGUGUGCGCCCUGCCGGCGGCGCAUCAACUGCGAGCAGUGCAGCAGUUGUAGGAACCGAAAGACUGGCCAUCAGAUUUGCAAAUUCAGAAAAUGUGAGGAACUCAAAAAGAAGCCUUCCGCUGCUCUGGAGAAGGUGAUGCUUCCGACGGGAGCUGCCUUCCGGUGGUUUCAGUGACGGCGGCGGGACCCCAAAGCUGCCCUCCCCGUGCAAUUUCACUGCUCGCGUGGUCUCCGGCAAGGGAUUCGGGCGAAGACAAACGGAUGCACCCGUCUUUAGAACCAAAAAUAUUCUCUCACAGAUUUCAUUCCUGUUUUUAUAUAUAUAUUUUUUGUUGUCGUUUUAACAUCUCCACGUCCCCUAGUAUAAAAAAAAAAAAGGAAAAGAAAACGGAAAAAAAAAUAACUGCUUUUUCGGAAGAACAACAACAUAAAAGAGGUAAAAGACGAAUCUAUAAAGUACCGAGACUUCCUGGGCAAAGAACGGACAAUCAGUUUCCUUCCUGUGUCGAUGUCGAUGUUGUCUGUGCGGGAGAUGCAGUUUUUGUGUAGAGAAUGUAAAUUUUCUGUAACCUUUUGAAAUCUAGUUACUAAUAAGCACUACUGUAAUUUAGCACAGUUUAACUCCACCCUCAUUUAAACUUCCUUUGAUUCUUUCCGAUCAUGAAAAUAGUGCAUAGUUUGCCUGGAGAAUCCACUCACGUUUGUAAAGAGAAUAUUGAUGGCGCGUGCGGAGGCCACUUCGUGUCUGUAUCCAGUGGGCAUGGGAGAGCCGCCCAGAGGGGCUCGGAGGAGAGGGAGCAGCCCCCCUGCCCCCAGGCCCAGGCCACUCAUGCUGCACCCACAGCCCCCAGGAUGGGCCCACCCCACCCCAACAGUGAUGAUUUUACAAAAAAAAAAAAAAAACCGGAAAAAUUCUUUCAUUUCUCCACUGAGAUCUGGGGAGCCCUCGUCUCAAUAUUUCUGAUCCUGGCUACUUCCCUUAGAGAAAAUAAGUCCCUUUUUUUCUGGCCUUGCCGAUGGUGACAGAAGAAAGGGCUUCUCCGUGAGGCCCCCUGCCAGUGGGGGUGGGUGCCCAGGGGGGCCCCCCCUUGCCCAUGGCCAGCUUCCUGCUGAUGAACAUGCUGUUUGUAUUGUUUUAGGAAACCAGGCUGUUUUGUGAAUAAAACGAAUGCAUGUUUGUGUCACGAA